CCUGGCCUCUACAUUUUUCUAUAUAUAUAGUACUAGUCUUGCAUUACUACGUAUAUUCUUCAAAAUGUAUAAAUUGUAGUGUCAACUGUGUCAUCACCCAACAACCUACUUCUUGUACAUAUAUUUUGGUGACUAUGCCAAACCAUGUCUCCUCUCAACUCCGAAGAUUUGCACCGGAUCUUUGAGCAGCUUGACAAAAAUGGUGACAACCUGGUGAGCCUCGACGAGCUCAACUGGCUCCUCGAGAGGAUUGGUGUCCAUACGAGCCUGCACGAGCUCGAGUCAUUGGUAGGAAAAACGAGCCUCGACCUCAUUGAUUUCUUAUUCUUCUGCGACACCAUUAUCAAGCCAAACAUCGGUGAAAGCAGCAAGGUUGCUGCUGAUCAUGAGGAGGAGGAGGAGGCGACCGAUAAUAAUCUGGAGGCUGAUCUUGCCAAGGCUUUCAAUGUGUUUGAUCUGAAUGGUGAUGGAUUCAUUUCCUAUGAGGAGCUCCAAAGCAUACUGUCAAGAUUAGGGUUAUGGGAUGAGCAUAAUGGCAGAGAUUGUAAGAUCAUGAUUCAAGCUUUUGAUUCAAACUCUGAUGGGUUGCUGGAUUUUGAGGAGUUCAAGAACAUGAUGUUGGUCACCAAUUCUUGAAAUCUAAGACAUUGUUUUUCUAGCACCAUUUUAAUAUGAUUGCUAGAUUCAGAUGAACUAUGUAAUCAGUGGCAAUAGCCACUGCAGACUUGUUUUUAUUUCGUUUAUUGCUAUUAUUAAUAAAUUUUAUUGUUGUUUUGUUAUUUAUA